UCUUCAUCCCAGAGAAAUCUCCAUCUUCACACAAUCUUCUCCACCGGACAAACUGCAAACUGAACCUAAAAGUAAAAACCAUAAAAUGGCACCCAAUCUCUCUGCAGAUAAUCUCUUCCGAGUCGACGGCAUGGUGGCCGUCAUAACCGGCGGCGGCACCGGCAUCGGCCUGGUAAUGGCCCGGGCCUUCGCUUCCAACGGCGCCAAAAGGGUCUACCUGCUCGGCCGGCGCCACGACGUCCUCACCACCGCAGCCGCCGAGUUCCCCUCCAUCAUGGUCCCCAUGCCGUGCGACGUGACCUCCAAAGACUCCCUCCAAUCCGCCGUGGACAAAAUCACCCUCGAAACAGGCUACAUCAACCUGCUCGUCGCCAACUCUGGUGUCACCGGCCCCCUGCAGGGGUGGAACCCGUCGCUGAGCGUGUCCGAGGUGCGCGCGAGCAUGUUUGAGCAAGGUAUCAUGGACGACAUGACACAGGCCAUGCAUGUCAACGUCACGGGCGCGUUUUUUACGAUCGUUGCGUUUCUUGAGCUGUUGGAUGAAGGGAACAAGAGGGCUUGCAAGCAAGGCGGGUUUGGCGCGCCACUCAGCACCGGGAGCGCUGAUGUCCCAUCGAUUCAAAGCCAGGUUAUUGUUACCAGCAGUAUUGCUGCCUUCAGCCGCAUGCCCAUGUCGGCUCCGGCGUAUGCGGCGAGCAAGGCGGCGAUUCUGCACCUGACCAAGCAUGCCAGUUCGAAUAUGGCCAGGUACGGGAUUCGGGCGAAUGCGUUGGCCCCCGGAUUGUUCCCUACAGAGCUGGCGCAGGUUCUCACCGGCGGCCGAGACCCGGGUACCGAAAGCUUUGAGGAUAAACGCUUCAUCCCCGCUCGCAGGUUCGGCGGGGACGAGGAGAUGGCCGGCACUGUGCUCUACCUUGCCAGCCGGGCGGGAGCGUACUGCAACGGCAUGGUACUGAUGUGUGAUGGUGGACGGCUCGGGGUGAUGCUGUCGUCGUAUUAGUUCAGGGAGUAACAUAUGCCAUUACAGCGCUCCUUUCCAUAACAGUUCAGGAACCAAGACCUCAACUUGAAAAUCAUUAGACAUCACUGCAAUUAUUAAUACACUGCCUAAACACC